UUUAGUGCCUGACCCCAUCAAAAGUGAGGUAGAUGUUUUCUGCAAGAGUCCAGGAGUGACUGGCUGCUUAGAAAAUGACAAGACAAAUCUUAGGACUUUCUAGGCUGGAAAGUCUAUAUUAGGACUUUGUACCAUAUUCUUGUCCAAAUAUCCUGUUAACAGCAUCACCGACGGAACUACAGAUCCACUCCAGGCCAGCUGCUACAGGCAAUGCAUCCAGACCCCUAAAAAUUCAUAGAAAGGUUUGUGUGAAAAAGCAAGACAGAGGGGAAAAGGAAAAACAAGCAUUCUGAAGAAAUCCCAUUAUGAGUGCAUUGAUCGCAACAUCCUUGCCCUUGGCAAAGACCAGCAUGGAUCCUGGGGCUAGUCUGAAUGAUACUAAGACAGAGAUGGAGGCAUCGUAUGCUGUGCUGAAGUUCAUGGAGAGUUUCUGCCUGCUCAGCUCAGCAUGUGGGAUGGUAGGGAAUGGGAUCGUUAUCUGGUUCCUUGGCUUCCACAUUAAAAGGAACCCCUUCACCGUCUACAUCCUGAACCUGGCAGUCUCUGACUUUGGCUAUCUCCUGUGCAUUGCAAUUGAAACAGUUCAAUAUUUAAUGCAGUUUAAUGUAGGAGUUCAGUUUGGAAUAUUCCUGUUCCUGGAUCUUUUUAUGUAUGGGACUGGCCUGUACCUCCUGACAACCAUCAGCAUUGCGAGGUGUCUGUCUGUCCUCUGUCCAGUCUGGUUCCGAUGCCACCGUCCAAAGCACUUGUCUUCCAUUAUGUCAGCCUUGCUGUGGGCCCUCUCAUUCCUAGUUUGUGGACUGGGGUACAUUUCCUGUAGUGUGAGUACGCUGCACAAUUGUCAGCAAAUACUCAUAACUAUUGGUGUGCUGGACUUCCUGAUUUGCACCCCCCUUAUGGUUCUGUCUAGUCUAACCCUGGUCUUCAGAGUUUGUUGUAGUUCCCGCUGCUUCAAAACAGGAAGGUUAUUUACAGUGAUCCUUCUCACCAUCCUUUUCUUUCUCAUUUUUGCUGUUCCCCUGGGUGCCCUGCUCUUGCUUGAUUUUUGGAAUUACAAAUUUCUAUAUUCUCCUGAGAUUGGUUUUGUGCUAUCUUGUGUAAACAGCAGUCUCAACCCAGUCAUUUAUUUCCUAGUUGGGAGCUACAGGGAUCGAUGGUUCAGGGACACUCUGAGAGUUGCACUCCAGAAGGUCUUUGAGGAAGAGGUAAAUUUCAGAGGUGAACGCGAGACUGCUUCUGCAGAACCUGAAAUGACAACAACAACCCAGUAAAACUCCUACUUUGUUCUACACAAAUGACUGUACUUGAAUGAAUAUAAUUCUGUAUCACAGAGCCAAACAAACCAAUGAUGUAAUGGUUACCCACUGUUCUUUAAUAAAGGACACAUGCAUUUGUGUAUUUUUCUUCACCCUUCUAGACAGGUCUCAACAAAACCAGAUAGGAACACCCAUCCUUCUACUGAAAUGUGAAGCAAAGCUCCUAUUGACUUUGAAUGAAAACCAAAUUAGACUGAUAAUGCUCAGUUUAAGUUUUAUUUGGAAUGGCACUAACCUUGAAUUUUGUUUUUCUGUUUGUUUUCAAAUGUGUGUUAUACACUAUCUGCUCCUGAUAACAAGUGGCUGCAGCUUCUUUAUUAAAUGAGUGACAGUGACACAGAGCAGACUUUAAAUUUCCUCUGUAUAAACACACAGUGAUAAAAAAAAAUGGUGAAACAUAAAAAGGCAAAUCUGUAUCUGUAUCAUCAUGAAUCAACCUCUUCUGAGCCCUUGUGCUGUGAAAUGCCUAUUAACAGUAUUUUUAGUUCUGCACACUUAAGGUUGUGUUACAGGUUACUUUUAAAUUAUUUUAAAGAAAUUUAAAUGGGCAUGUCCAAAAACAAAGGGUGUCAAACUGUGCUAAGUACUCACUACGAAUUUUAAAGUUAUACCACUUCAGAUGCGGGUUAUCAUAGAGCCAUUCUACCUACCUCAAGUUAGGGUGUUAGUCUUCUCCAUGGAGAUACAGAGACCAAAUUGCAGUCAUCCAGCAUCCCAGGAUGCCUGGUUCCUGACCACUCUACACCUGCCAAACUUUCCACCAUCCCAAGCUCCACUGCCCACAGGUGGGACUGGCACCAAGCCAACACACCCACCAAACCCCAGUGAGUCCAACCUCAUCCCACAUGGCACCAUGCUGCUGGUUUCAAGGAUCCCAAGAUAGCCAAUCUGAGCUCCUGGACUGGAGGUCAGGCACACUCCCCUCCCCUCAAAGGGAUAAGAUCUUGCCCCACAUCUGGGCAGCUCUCCCCUUGUCAAGAGAAUUUGGGGGAGUGGGGGCACAGCUUCUGUGUUCCAGGGCAGGGGAGAGGGAAAAAGGACUCUAGCACUGAGCUUGAUGACAGCAUAAAGCUGAGGGAGGAAUGCUUUCUUGGGAUCUAUGGUUUCAUUGCCCUCAAUUCCCAGGCUCUGCUCCCAGAGGAGAAAAAGAGUCUGGCUGUUGGCCACACCUCUGGUCUCCAGGUCCUCUAGUUACAAGUCUAAAUAGUGCAGGUUAGGAGCAGCAUUUGGCCUCAUGGGCAACUGGUGCCACCUGAGUUGGCGACUGGUGCCACUUGCCCUCCCUGACUGAACAGUCAGCAACUGUGCGGGGGGUUCCCCCACAGCCAAUCUCACAGGCCAGGGGGUGGCCCCCUGUGGCCAAUCCUGCCAACUGGGGGAAGGGUCCCCCUGCGGAGGCUGAUCCUGCCGGCCCGCAACUGGCAGCAGCAAGCCACUAGCACUUCCUGGCACACCGCUGGCACUUCUGGAUUGGGAUCAGCCACCGGAAGAGGAACGCUUCUCCUGGUGCACCCCUGGCCAGCACUGUCAGGGGAGGCAACAGCGCUGUUGCCUGCCCCCCCUCUCCCAGGAACGCUGGCUGACAGGGUGCCCUGGCACUCUCAGGGGGGGCAUGUGCACUCCCAUGCACCCUCUACACAUCGCCACUGCUUGGCUUUAAUCUGUGACUGCUCUGAUACCGUCUUUAAAACCGCCUAACAUUCCACAGGUUUAGAAGGGUUUAAAGGUAACCUACUGCAGCAUCCUUAUGCAAAUUUAUAGUUGAAACUUUAACCUGAAUUCAAAUGGAGGAGGGAAAGGAAAACAAAGAAACAAACAAAUAUAUUAACUUCAUUCCAAAAAAAGUCUGACCCCACACAACUAAAUAUCAAAUCCCAAGUAUUUUUCCCAAAGUGUGGUUGUUUUGCUUUUUAGCUAAAAUCCUCCUGCAUAUCUAUUUAACUCUGCUUACUUUGUAGCUCUCUUCACGAUAACAUCAAUAAACACCAUUUAAAAAACAACCUGUCGGUAUCCCACUACUUUUGCACCUCAUUGUGCAGACUCCUCCUCCACAGCACAUCCAUCCUCCCCUGGCCAAGCUUCCUGUUGGAGCUGCAAUUGUGCAGUCCUGUCACCACGGCUGCCAGCAGCUGGGCCCACAUGGAAUGGGGCAUGAU